CCCAAUCUGAUCAAAGAUAGUUUUGAGACUCGAGUGCCAUUAUUCAGUUUUAGAAUAAAAGAUGUGCUGAGGGUUAAGCACUUAAGUGACAUACUUAGACCUGAAAGGUUUUUUUAUUCAAAAUUGUAUAUAAUUAAAAUAAUAAUAAUAAUAAUAAUAAUUGGUGGUUAUGUGAAAAUUAGACUGGAGAACUAACUAAAUGCUGCUUAUGUUUUCACAAAAAAAAAAAAAAAAAAAAAAAACAAGACAGACAACUGCAUUUUACAACCGACUAAUAAAUAAUGUCAGUUGUGAUAAGACCGUUUGUUGUGGAAGUCGGUAUCUCUGAUAUUUCAGCCAUUAUGAUUCAAGAGAUAUUCAUAUCAUGAGAACAGAAAAAGGGGCUUUACUUUGGUAAUUCAUUCAUGCAGACAGCAUUCAAGGAGCUAUAAAAUGCCUAUAAAAUGUUGCACGAACCAAACAAUUUGAUACAGGUAGUCCAUGUUAGGACUUAUUUGAAGUAAGAUACUCCCUAAUUGAAAUGGAUUCUAAAAGACAUAUUACUCAAAGAGUGCCAAGUGAGUGGUUAAAGGGUAGAGAUGAAAUAAAAUUGUAUGUUCAGAACACAACAGAAAAUACUUGUUUCAAAAGUGUUUGUCACACAAUGAACGUCAAUGGGGUCCAAAAUAGCACUGGAUUUUUAUUGUACGGACCAAAAAUGAUAAUUGAAUGAAUUAAUUUUUCAUUAUUUGGAGAACUACGUUCAGGGGGAGACCUAAGGCUUAAUUUCCCAGUUAAUUAUCCCAUAACACUGGGCAGUGGUUGGGGUGGAAGUCCAGAGUCUAAAGAUAACAAACGUGUCUACAUCUUGUAAUACCGUAAAAACCUCAUACCUCUCAGAACCAGCAGUUGCAUCUGAUCUCCUUUUCAUUAAAGAUCUCUCUGCAGAAAAUUGAGCAAAAUGCAAAACUUCGGCGUUCGGAACAAAAGAAUAUACAGAAUGCCAUCAGAGGAUCUCAGCAUGAGACCCACAUUUUACUCUUGGAGAAAUGCUGGGAACAGGGGUUCCUAUUCCAAGGAGAUCUUUGGAUCCACCACUGCACAAAUGGGGCUAGUUGGAAAUGUUGCAAAUGAAAAGGAAACCAUGCAAAUCCUGAAUGAGCGUCUUGCUUCCUACCUGGAGAAAGUUAGAAGUUUGGAGAAGGCCAACUUUGAACUGGAGGUUAAAAUCCGCCAGGUUGUGGAGAAAAAAGGUCCAGACAGUAAGGACUACAGUCACUACCAAGCCACCCUUGAUAAACUACGCAAAGAGAUCCUGGAGAUGGUUUUAAGCAAUGCAAAUAUGAGUGUUCAUAUUGACAACGCCAAGUUGGCUGCCGAAGACUACAGGGUCAAGUUUGAAAAUGAAUUUCAGCUAAGACAGUCUGUUGAAACAGACAUAAAUGCACUGAGAAAGAUGCUGGAUGACAUCAAUGUGGCACGAAUGCAUCUGGAAAAUGAUGUUGAAGGUUUAAAAGUGGAGCUCAUUGAAAUAAAGAAACAACAUCAGCUGGAAGUGUCAGCAAUAUAUAGUCAGAUCACCGAGUCAGGAGUGCAGGUGGAUGUUGAUGCUCCUAAGGGACAUGAUCUGGUUAAGAUCAUGGAGGAGAUGAGAGCGAAGUAUGAAAAGAUCGCCCUCAAGAACCAGGAGGAGCUCAAAGCCUGGCACGAAUCAAAAAUCUCUGUUGUGCAGGUUCAAGUGACCGAGAACACUGCAGCAUUGAAGGAAGCCAGCACACAAGUCAGUGUGAGCCGCAGGCAGAUGCAGACUUUGGAAACAGAGCUGCAGUCUAUGACCGGAAAUAGAGCAUCUUUGGAAGAAGCCCUUAAUGAAACGAAGUUGCGAUAUGGCAUGCAGUUGGAGCAAUACAAUGGCAUAAUUUUGCUGCGUGAGUCUGAGCUCAAGCGGCUGCGUGACGACAUUCACAGUCAAACGCUGGAGUAUCAGGCCCUGCUCAACAUUAAGAUGGAGCUGGAAGCUGAGAUAGCCACCUACAGGAGACUUCUGGAUGGAGAAGAUAAACAAUUUGAGAACGUCUCCCAGAUGAUAGUGAAUGGGAAAAUGGAGCACUCCAUCUCGUAUAUAGUCGAAAAAUGACAUAGACAAAAACAAGAUCACAAGAGCACAAGCCAAUAUCUCACGAAUCAAAACCAUUCAUAAAUACUAUGAAUAUUCUGAAUAAAUUAUAAUCAAAACUCUUUCAGUAGUAUUUCUGUUGAAUCAGAUUUUGAACACAUGUUGGAAAGCCACCGAUCUCUUAAUCCAAACCAUACAGUGUAUCUCUAAUCAAACUAUGUUGUUUCAGUUUCAUGUUAUGACAGAUGGGACCCUUAGGGUCUAAUGAGCAUUUUGGAAAUGUCAUCACAAUAAAAGAAAACAAUAA